GUGUAUGCGUGUGUGCAUGUGUACGUGUUAUUUUAGCCACCAAAAUAUUUAAUUUAAUUUCUGACAUAAAUGGCACCGCCAAGAGCCAAUAAUCGUCCUGUGGCCCGACGCAAAAAGUCCAGCAAUCUGUUACAGACGCUUAUGGACAAGUAUGUUAACUGGAACUAUGUUAAAUACCUGGUGUUCGAGCCGGCUGCGCUGCCAAUAGUUGCUGUGCUGAUUGUGUUGGCCGAGGCGGUUAUCAACGUGUUUGUAAUUAACCGUGUGCCCUACACGGAGAUCGACUGGGUGGCCUAUAUGCAGGAAUGCGAGGGCUUUCUCAAUGGCACCACGAAUUAUGCGCUGCUGCGAGGUGACACGGGUCCGCUGGUAUAUCCGGCUGCAUUUGUUUAUAUUUAUUCGGCUCUCUACUACAUCACAUCCCACGGCAGCAAUGUGAGACUGGCCCAAUACAUAUUCGCCUGCAUUUAUUUGUUGCAAAUGUGCCUGGUGUUGCGACUUUAUGCCAAGAGUCGGAAGGUUCCGCCGUAUGUGCUGGUAUUAAGCGCCUUCACCUCCUACCGCAUCCACUCCAUCUACGUGCUGAGACUCUUCAAUGAUCCGGUGGCCAUUCUGCUGCUCUAUGCGGCACUGAAUCUCUUCGUGGAUCGCCGCUGGACACUGGGCAGCGUUUGCUUCAGUUUGGCCGUUGGUGUCAAGAUGAAUAUUUUGUUAUUUGCGCCCGCAUUGCUAUUGUUCUACUUGACCAAUUUGGGAUGGGUCAAGACGGGGCUGCAGCUCACGAUUUGCGCUGGAAUCCAAGUGUUGCUGGGAGCACCGUUUCUGUUGACACAUCCAGUGGAGUAUCUGCGUGGCAGCUUCGACUUGGGACGCAUCUUUGAGCACAAGUGGACGGUUAACUAUAGAUUCCUGACCAGAGAGAUCUUUGAGAAGCGCGAGUUCCACUUGAGCCUGAUGGGAUUGCAUCUGCUGUUGCUUCUAUGUUUCGCCAAGCCCACCUGGACCUUCUUUAGGAGCUAUAUGCGUCUGCGACAAGUGCAGGAUCAGCUCUUGCCGCAAAUCGCGCGCAAGAAUCGUGAAAUGCAAAAGGAGACUCUAAAGAAUAAGACCAAGUCCAAGUCGAAAGUGCCGGAACCGGAGUCGGAGUCGGAGCAGCAGCUAACGAGCGAGCAGAAAUCCUUCCUCAAGUCCUUCGAGCAGGGACUGCAACAGUCAACGGGUCGCAAGGCAGCAGCUUCAACUCCGGCUCCCGUUCCGGAGUCCCAACCGGAACGCUAUGGCAUCCAUUUCGAUCAGUGCACCCAACUGGCAUUGCUGCCCUUCUUCCUCUGCAACUUGAUUGGCGUCGCCUGUGCCCGAUCUCUGCAUUAUCAGUUCUACGUCUGGUAUUUCCAUACACUUCCGUAUUUGGUCUGGUCUACGCCGUAUUCGCUGGGUGUGCGCUAUCUAAUCCUCGGCUUCAUCGAGUACUGUUGGAACACCUAUCCCAGCACAAAUGUGUCCAGCAUUGUCCUGCAUCUGUGUCAUCUGGUGCUGCUUGUGGGCGUGGCACGUCAAGUGUUCAACACGAUGCGUUUGAAUGCCACAGUGAAGCGUCGGGAGACGACCAACCUGCAAAAUGGACAAUCCAAGAAACUACAAUAACGAUCCAAGACUGUAAAGCAUUUGAAAUAAAAAAAUUAUAAAAAAAAAA